AUGUCCAGGCUCCUCACAAUGGCAAAGACUUUGACGUCGCGAUAUCCAUGGGUUUCGCAGCCUUUUAUAGUCAGCGCUCCAAUGCGUGUAAUGUCAGGGCCAGCGUUGGCUGUGGCCGUCUCCGGCGCCGGCGGCUUGGGAUUCAUCGGACCAGGUGCUAAAACUGAAGACUCUAUGGCAGAUUUACGAGAAGCGUCGUCAAUAAUUCGCGGAUCAGAGUCGUUCUCCAGUAUAUUGUCUUCUGUUGACUCGGUUCUACCCAUUGGCGUGGGCUUUCAGCUAUGGAGUGACGAUGUCGAAAUUGCCGCUGAUGCUGUCAAGGAAAUCAAACCUUGCGCUGCAUGGCUUUAUGCGCCGAGACACGGCCAAAUGGACCUGGAUAAGUGGUCACUUAAAAUCCGCACAGCCUCUCCUCAAACACAAAUAUGGAUCCAGAUAGGAACAUUGGCCGAGGCAAAAAAGCUUCUGCGUAGCUCCCAGCUACCGGAUAUAAUCGUGGUUCAAGGUUCGGAGUCUGGCGGUCACGGUCGUGCGAAAGAUGGUCUAGGCCUUAUCUCCCUGUUACCGGAAGUGGCUGAUAUGGCUGAAGGGAGCCAGAUUCCUCUAUUUGCUGCGGGAGGAAUUGCUGAUGGAAGAGGCGCGGCUGCUGCUUUGUGUCUGGGUGCUUCUGGUAUUGUCAUGGGGACUCGGUUCCUUGCUGCCAGUGAGACACGCAUUAGUCGUGGUUACCAAAACGAAGUUGUGCGAGCUGACGAUGGAGCUGUGAACACCACGCGAACCUUACUUUAUAACCACCUUCGAGGCACCUUUGGCUGGCCGGAGGAAUAUAUGCCACGGACGAUCAUUAACAAGUCUCAUGUAGAGCAGCUGGCAGGUGCAUCAUUUGAGGAUCUUAAGAAACUUCAUGACGAGGCUCUGAAAGCCGGAGACAGCGGCUGGGGACCGGAGGGAAGACUGGCCACUUACGCUGGGGCGUCUGUCGGAUUGGUUCGCGAAGUUAAGGAUGCAGGAUCUAUCGUUCGGGAGGUACAAGAAGCUACGCAAAGGAUACUCGGGGGAUUUUAA